GCGGCACCGUUCCUAUCCAUCGUCUUCGUAGCGUGAACGGAACGCGGAUCGGAAUCCGCGAGUAGUCGGUGGAUAGUCAGGGCCGAGAUCGCGAACGCGCAGUGCGAGUUCUCUUCACAACGGGCGGCGCGGUGAGAACCACCCUUGUCUCGUAGCCAUGAGUCUGGUGCGGCAAAACUUCCACGAGGAGUGCGAGGACGCGCUUAACAAGCAAAUCAAUUUGGAGCUAUACGCCAGUUAUGUCUAUCUGUCCAUGGCGUACUACUUUGACAGAAGCGAUGUCGCGUUACCGGGUCUGUAUAAGUACUUCAAGAAGGCGUCGGACGAGGAACGCGAACAUGCCAUGAAAUUUCUGACUUAUCAGAACAAACGAGGUGGCGACGUCGUGCUGACGGACAUCCAGGCGCCGUCCAGGAGAAACUGGAACAGCGCGAAAGACGCUAUGAUGGAGGCUCUACAGCUAGAGAAGAGAGUAAAUCAGAAGCUGCUUGAGCUUCACGGGAUUGCUUCGACACACAACGAUGCGAAUUUCAUGGAUUUUUUGGAGACUGAAUUCCUGCAGGAGCAGGUGGACGCGAUAAAAGAGAUCGCCGAUCAUGUGACGAAUCUGGAGAGAGUCGGAGAAGGUCUCGGUGUCUUUAUCUAUGACAAGGAGUUAAAAGAUUAAAAAAAAUAAUGUCGCAUCCAAGAAAUUUGCCAAAAUAAUUAAAUAAAAUAAAGAACAAAAUUGAAUAAAAUAUAAAAACAUUUAAGUAUAGGGGAUUUUAGAUGAGCAAAAUGUUAGCAGAAUGUCGCCAGAUUUGAUCAGAAAAUGUCAGCAGACUGACAUCAACUGCGAUUGCAUUUUUCUUUCGUUCUGUUGACAGAAUUGAUCUAUUCACAUAAUUAGACAACAAAUUGACGACAGAAAUAUCAGAAUUUGCUGAUAGAAUCUGAUAGUAUUAAUAGAUUGGCAGCAAAAAUCGGAUAGGAUCUAUGAUAUCACUGAAUACUUGCAAAAUUGCUGCUAGGUGUUCGUUAUAUAUAUGUGUAUAUAUUUUUCGCAUUUAAAAUUUAUCAAACACUAUAUAACUACAUACACACACGUAUAUACUACAUAUAUAAAAUAUACAGGGUGAUCCAUUUUAAUCAAUCCAAUCAUUUCUCGAAAUUAUUAAUGAUAUGAAAAAAUGUUUCAGAUCAAAGUGGAAUGGUUUCUAGAGGAAUAUAUUUUGGUCACGUUUUUUUUCUAGAUGGAAGCGCUAAAAAAAUAU